ACCCAACAAGACAAAACCAAAACAAACUCACACGUACACAAACACAAACACAAAACACAGCCUCAAAAAUCUCAGAUAGAGAGAGAAAGAAAGAAAGAAAGAGUCUCCAGAAGUCAGAACCUUCUCUGAAAAGAUUCCCUGCUGUUUCUUCCACCUUAAGCACUUACAGAUCUCUACCUAGGGACUUGGAUCCGUGAAUCUUUGUUGUUUUCAAGUGGGCAUUUGGGAUUGUAUCUGGGUUUAACGUUUUGGGAAAGUUCUGUCACUGGUCGAAUAAGAAUAAAUGGGAGGAGUAUAAUUAAGAGGAACUCUGAUAUAUGCAGCCGAUGAUCAAUUAAUUUUCCAGUAAUGUCGAGGAUUUCAAAGUGGAAGCUUGAGAAGACAAAAGUAAAAGUGGUCUUCCGGCUACAAUUCCACGCUACACAUAUUCCACAAACUGGAUGGGAUAAGCUGUUUAUAUCUUUCAUACCUGCUGAUUCUGGAAAGGCCACAGCAAAGACAACCAAAUCAAAUGUGAGAAAUGGGACAUGCAAAUGGGCAGAUCCUAUUUACGAAACUACCAGACUUCUUCAAGACGUCAAAACAAAACAAUAUGAUGAGAAACUCUAUAAACUUGUAGUGGCAAUGGGUUCUUCACGUUCCAGCAUCCUUGGGGAGGCUGACAUCAACCUUGCUGAUUAUGCUGAUGCCUUAAAGCCUUCUGAUGUUGCACUGUCUCUUAAUGGAUGUGACUCUGGAGCUACCUUACAUGUCACUGUACAGCUGCUAACUUCUAAAACUGGCUUCAGAGAGUUUGAGCAACAGAGGGAACAGAGAGAGAGGGGUCUGGAGACAACUUCUGACCAAAAUAGUCAUUAUGAAUCUGCUGGUAGAAAAGUAUCGUCUUCUGCAGAGACUCUCAACGAUCAGAUGGAUAAGAUUAAUGCAAGAGUUAGAUUUAAAAAAGAACCUAAAGAUCUCCCUUCACUUGAAGAAGAGGUGGGGCUGAAUGAAGAGUACGCGGACUCAGCUGUUGGGUUUGAUGGCUCAUCCAAUACUUCAGAAAGUUUAUAUGCUGAGAAGCAUGAGGUGUCCAGCAUACACGAGAUUGACAGCCUUAAGAGUACAGUUUCAGGUGAUCUAGGUGGACUCUCCUUAAGUCAAAGUCCUCAGCCAGGGAAAGGGGAUCCUUCUGAUAAUAGGUUUUUGGCUCAAGGGACUAGUGACUGGGUUCAUGGCUGGAGUUCUGACUAUUCUGCAGAUAAUGACUUGGCAAUUGCUUACGAAGAGAAUAGUAGACUGAGAGCGAGCUUGGAAGCAGCUGAGUCUUCUAUUCUUGAGCUUAAGCUGGAGGUAAGCUCUUUACAAAGUCAUGCUGAUGAAAUAGGUGUUGAAGCGCAAAACUUUUCCCAGCAACUUGCUGCUGAGAUUGCUUCAGGAGAAGAGCUGGCAAACGAAGUUUCUUUUCUACAUUCAGAGUGUUCAAAGUUCAAAGAUGAUCUUGAAAAGCUAAAAAAUUCCAAAUUAAACCCUCCAUAUACCAGCAGAGAAUCUAUUGAGACAGACCAGGGGCACUUAAUUCAGGAGAUACAGCUCAGAUGGUUAAAGGGGGUUUUAUUAGUGGAGGAUAAGAUAACAGAGCUUCAAACCAAGGCGUGCUUUGGAUUCCAGGAAGAAGACUUAAGAUUCCUGCAUUCAGACUUAGAGGCAUUGCUUGGUAUACUGCGGGAUCUAAAACAAGGAAAUGUACAGACAAUUUCAGGGCUCAAUUUGACAAGUGUAAAGGAGAUCAAAGAAAUGAAUUUACAUAGAAGUGAGCUAGUUGUACCAAGAACUGGGUUUGAUGCAGAUUUGUAUGAACCAGAAGGCUUGCUUCAUUGUCUUAAAAUUCCUAGCCUGGUGUCUAACGAAUCUGAUUCUGUUGAUACGAAUGUAUUGAAGGGAAAAUUGUUUGAAGUUCUAAGGGAGUUAAAUGAGUCAAAAGCUGAACGGGAAAGCCUUGCUAGGAAAAUGGACCAGAUGGAGUGUUACUAUGAAGCUCUCGUUCAGGAACUUGAGGAAACUCAAAGACAGAUGAUGGGAGAGUUGCAAAGUCUUAGAAAUGAGCAUUCUACCUGCAUUUACACAAUUUCAUCCACUAAGGUGGAGAUGGACACGAUGCACCAUGACAUGAAUGAGAAGCUAAUAAGACUUGCAGAAGACAAGCAUGAUUUGGAAUCUCACAACAAGGAGCUUGAAAGAAGAGCUAUUACUGCAGAAGCAGCACUCAAGAGGGCACGCUUGAAUUAUUCCAUUGCUGUGAACCAGUUACAGAAGGACCUUGAACUACUUUCUUUCCAGGUUCUGUCUAUGUUUGAGACUAAUGAGAACCUUGUCAGGCAAGCUUUUGCAGAUUCUCCGGAACCAAUCUUUCAAGGGAGCCCAGAGAUGGUGCAGAACCGGAAAUUGGGCUCGGAGGAGUUUGUUUCUGCCAAACUCUUGCAUUGUCAGCAUAACCGUACAGGGGUAAAGAAACAGAACGUGGGUGGAGAUGCUCUUUUAGAGGACUUGAAAAGAUCACUUUGCUUGCAGGAAGGGCUUUAUCAAAAGUUUGAAGAAGAAGUCUGUGAAAUGCAUUUGGUGAAUGUAUACUUGGAUGUUUUUUCAAAAUCGUUACAGGAGAGUUUGGUUGAGGUAAGUUCUGAAUUUAGACUCAUGAAAGAGAAAAUGGAAGAACUUACCCAGCAGCUGGAGCUUUCAACUGAGUCCAAGGAGUUAUUGAUGUUUAGGCUGCAGGCUGCUAUGGAUGAUGUUCAUUCCCUUAAUGAUUACAAGGCCACUUGCAUUGCAAAAUGCAAUGAUUUGGCACUGCACAACCAAAUUUUAGAAUCAACUUUACAAAAUGUUACCCAUGAAAAUCAUCUUCUCAAUCAGAAGAUUACUGAAUGGGAAGCCUUGAUGACAGAAUACAGAAGUUAUGAGAAAAAGUAUGAGGUGUGCACUGCAGAAAAAUUGGUGUUGGAAAAUUUGUUAAAAAAAAAAACCCAAGAAAAUGGCAAUCUCCAAAAUGACAUUUCUGUUUUUCAGGAAGAGUUGAAAGAAGUCAGAUUUGAAUUUAAUGAGCUGACUUCUGAGAAGGAGAAUCAACAGAAUACUAUCAACUUUCUGCAAGAGAAGUUGUGGAAUCUGAUGGCAUCCUAUGACAAAAAGUAUGGGGGAAUGUCUCUCUGGAGUGAAUCUUUCUGUCAGGAUUUGGAGUCAAAGGACUUAACAGGUGUUGUGCUGCAAUUAGAAGAGUUUCAUCAUAAUGCACUCAAAAGGAUUCUCCAACUCAUGGAAGAGAAUAAAGGUCUACUGAAUGAAAGAGAUUUGGUUCAAGUGUCCUUAAGAACAGCAGAAUCAGAUAAUUUGAUCAUGAAACAGAAGUUUGAACAUGAUAUACGGGCUGCAGUGGAUAAAUUAGAUGUGUCGAACUCCCUUCUGCAAAAGUUUCAAUUAGAAAUUGAGGCUACUGCUAACAGACUCAAGGUUAGCUCUGAAGCUGAUGAAAGAUAUGCACGGCAGCACACAGAACUUUUAUCUGAUCUAGAUCAUAUGGAAGCAGAGCUGCAGAAACUUACUUCUAAAAACAAGGAUCUUGCUCAAGAAAUCUUGGCUUUAGAGACUGUAACUGACGACCUUGGAAGGUGUAAGUUGAGCAUAGCAGCAUUACAGGAAGAAAAAGAUACUUUGAUAGUUUCUUUACAGGGUAAAAAUGAUGAAUCUGCCAAGCUUGCAUUAGAGCUUAGUAAUUUGAAAGGAAGUUGGCAAUCUCUGCAUGAUGAGUUGCAUAUUGAGAGAAGUUCCGGGGAUAAAUUAGAGAGUACAGUCUUUGAACUUAAUUCCCAAUUAGAUGAAAAGCAAUGCCAAUUGAUACAUUUUGAUCAGCAGAAAGCUGAGCUGGUUUGUCUCAAGCAAAUGGUGUCAGAUCUAGAAUUUGAAAAAAGAAGAGUAGGCCAUCUUUUGUUGAAAACAGAGGAAUGCCUUAAAAACGUUCAGGAAGAAUGCUCUUCUCUGGAAAAUCAGCUGUCUGAAAUGCAUGAAUUUUCGAUAGAUGUAGCUGUUAGAGACAUUUUCACAAAAACUCAGUAUGAAGCCUGGAUAGAAGAUCUACUCCAGCAACUCGCUGAGCUUCACAAGAAGCAUCUUAAUGAUGAGGCGGUACAUGAUCGUUGUCUUGCAAGUGAAGCCCAUUACAAUGAAGAGAAUGCUAGAUUGUUGACGAGCCUUGACUCCUUAAAGUCUGAGCUAGGAGCCUCUAUUGCUGAGAACAGGGUACUACUUGAUAAAAUCAGCGUCAUAACUUAUAAGCUUGAGGAAUACAAGAAUAGGGCUGAAAAUGUGGAGGCCACUUUGAAAGGGGAGAAAGGUCGGCAUGCUCUUGAGGUUGAAAGUCUGGAGCAGAAGUUAGUGAGUUCUGAAGAAAAGGUUGAUAACCUGAUGUUUGCCAAGGAGGAACUGGAAGUCAAAUACAAAGAAGAGAAUGCUAGAUUGUUGACAAGCCUUGACUCAUUAAAGUCUGAGCUAGAAGCCUCUACUGCUGAGAACAGGGUACUACUUGAUAAAAUCAGUGUCAUAACUUUUGAGCUUGAGGAAGACAAGAAUAGGGCUGAAAAUGUGGAGGCCACUUUGAAAGGGGAGAAAGGUCAGCAUGCUCUUGAGGUUGAAAGUCUGGAGCAGAAGUUAGUGAAUUCUGAAGAAAAGGUUGAUAACCUGAUGUUCGCCAAGGAGGAACUAGAAGUCAAAUACAAAGAAGAGAAUGCUAGAUUGUUGACAAGCCUUGACUCGUUAAAGUCUGAGCUAGAAGCCUCUACUGCUGAGAACAGGGUACUACUUGAUAAAAUCAGCGUCAUAACUUAUGAGCUUGAGGAAUACAAGAACAGGGCUGAAAAUGUGGAGGCCACUUUGAAAGGGGAGAAAGGUCAGCAUGCUCUUGAGGUUGAAAGUCUGGAGCAGAAGUUCGUGAAUUCUGAAGAAAAGGUUGAUAACCUGAUGUUCGCCAAGGAGGAACUAGAAGUCAAAUGCAAAGAAGAGAAUGCUAGAUUGUUGACAAGCCUUGACUCCUUAAAGUCUGAGCUGGAAGCUUCUACUGCUGAGAACAGGGUACUUCUUGAUAAAAUCAGUGUUGUAACUUAUGAGCUUGAGGAAUACAAGAUUAGGGCUGAAAAUGUGGAGGCCACGUUGAAAGGGGAGAAAGGUUGGCAUGCUCUUGAGGUUGAAAGACUGGAGCACAAGUUAGUGGAUUCUGAAGAAAAGGUUGAUAACCUGAUGUUCUCCAAGGAGGAACUAGAAGUCAAAUCUAUUUUACUUAAGGCCAAGGUAGAUGAACAGCAUGCUCAUAUAACCUUGCUGGAAGGAUAUAAUGAUGAACUGAUAAUGCUGCAGAAGAAAUGUAGUGAGCUUAGCCAGAGGCUUGCCGAACAGGUUUUGAGGACAGAAGAGUUUAAGAACUUGUCCAUCCAUUUGAAAGAGCUUAAAGACAAGGCUGAUGCUGAGUGUCUCCAGGUUCGUGAGAAAAGAGAACCUGAAGGACCACCAGUUGGUAUGCAAGAGUCAUUGAGAAUUGCAUUUAUCAAAGAACAGUAUGAGACCAAGCUGCAAGAAUUGAAACACCACCUUUCUAUCUCCAAAAAACAUAGUGAUGAAAUGCUGUGGAAAUUACAAGACGCAAUCAAUGAAGUUGAGAAUAAGAAGAAAUCUGAGGCUUCUCACUUAAAAAGAAAUGAAGAGCUGGGAUUAAGGAUCUUGGAAUUGGAAGCUGAGUUGCAGUCUGCACUUUCUGAAAAGCGUGAACUAAUGAACGCCUGUGACCUGAUGAAGGCUGAAAAGGAGUGCUCAUUUAUAAGCCUUGAAUGCUGUAAGGAAGAAAAGCAAGAGCUUGAAGCGUUUUUGCAAAAAUGCAAUGAUGAAAAAUCUAAAAUUGCAGAAGAGCUUACCUUGAUGAAAGAUUUACUAGAAAGUUCUGCAUCCCAUAUUAAUGUUCAGAAGGAAGGCUCUGGUGGAUUACUCAAUGUGGAUUGCACGCCUGAUGAGCCAGUUGGAAAGCUUCACCAGAAAAAUUCGAUUUUGGGCAUUCCAAACAAUGGAAGAAUAAGUAUAGAUGUGGCUCCCAGGAAUAGUCCAACUGAGGAACCGUUUUGUAAGCUCUCAGACAAAGAUAAUUCAAUGAAUUGUGAGGAAGCAGAAUAUGCACGUACAAUUCCAGCUAAUGAAACUGACCUCAUGAAUGUGCACCCGAUGCAGGAUAUUCUUCUAUCUGGGGGUGGAAAUUGUAUUCAAAGUCUUGCACUUAUAAAUCAAGAAGACUUGCUGCAUCCUGACACAAAUCAUUUGGCUCUUACCAAUGAUCACUUUAAAGCUCAGAAUCUGAAGAAUAGCAUGGACCACUUGAAUAAGGAGUUGGAAAGAAUGAAACAUGAGAAUACAAUUUUUCCCCAAGAUGAUAAUGAUUUUUUGUCAAAAUUUCCAGGUUUACAAAGAGAACUAAUGCAAUUACGUAAGGCAAAUGAAGAGUUGGGAAGCAUAUACCCAUUAUACAAUGAAUUUUCAUCUGGUGGUAAUGCAUUGGAAAGAGUGCUUGCAUUAGAAAUUGAGCUUGCUGAAGCACUACAGGAAAAGAAGAAAUCAAGCAUCCAUUUUCAGAGCUCUUUCUUGAGACAACACAGCGAUGAGGAAGCAAUAUUCCAUAGCUUUAGAGCUAUCAAUGAGCUAAUAAAAGACAUGUUGGAGCUUAAGGAAAGGUACACAGGUGUAGAGACUGAGCUAAAAGAUAUGCAUGACCGUUACUCUCAAUUAAGCCUUCAAUUUGCCGAGGUUGAAGGAGAGAGACAGAAACUCAUGAUGACUCUUAAAAGUGUUAGGGCAUCCAAGAAGGCCCCACUCUUCAACCGCUCAUCAUCCGCCUCCCUUGAUGACGAUCCCUCAUAGCAACACAAGUGACUAUUGAUGUCUUCCUUGUUUGCAUGGUCCCAGAAACCAUCCCGUACCGAGCUAAGAAGUUAAUGCCCCCAUGGAUAGAUAGACAGUCAACAUUCAUGAACUCGGGAGCUACUGCAAUGGUCAACCAUUUACGAGCUUGGUAUAGGAUGUCAAAAGCUAAGUAGCAGGUACUUUGUGUAAAUAAUACUGUGUUUUCCAGCCAUUUCAUAGGUUACUUGCUAGUAUAAAAAAUAUAGAUCCCUGUAAACAUCUUGGCUUUGUUUUAAUUUUGGCCUUGCCUAGCUACUGCAAUUUAUUCUGCUGUAUAGUAAAUCAAAAAGUUUUUGACUCAAAAUAAUUCUAUUUAAAUAUUCAGAAGAAUUACAAGGAA